AUCCUAAACGAAGAGGACGACGACGGCGGCCUCGCUCUCAGGACAAAACUUUCGAAAAUCCCCGACAAGUUGAGCGACCUGUUCAAGAGCAUCCUGAUGCGUGAUCAGAAAUCACCCGAACGCCUGCUGCUCUGCGUUCUCUGGAUCCUCUGUGCAAAGCGACCAUUGACUCCAGCCGAGUUCCGCCACGCGCUGUGGGUGGCCCUGUUGGACCAACAGUCGGCGCAGAACGACCGCCAGGUAGACUCCGACGUCCCAGACUACGGGACUUCUUGGUAA